AAAUAACUAUAUAAAAAUAAUUUUCACAAAAUCAGAUAUCAGUACUAAUCACUCAUUCUAAAAUCAUACUCAAACAAGUCCCUAAUCUCCACCCACUAAUGAUUCUCAAAUAAACAUUUGAAUCCACUUAAAAGAUCCACUUAUACGAUAAAAGUAACCAUAAAUAUUUUACUAGCAAAAGACACAAGUUUCACCACCUAAAUGACAUCUUUAAAGUGAUCUUCAACCUUCGUAAAAUCAAUUUUUUAAUUUGCCAAAUAUGAUCGAUAGAAAGUGUAGUGAUUUUAACAAUGGAAAAGUAAUAGUGACAUAAUCAAAAUCACUCUCAAACACAUCCUAAAUGUAUUUCUCCGAUCAAAUUCUAAAGCCUGGACUAAGCAGGCCUCUCUCACUCCUCUCUUUCUCUCACUAUCACAGAGGUGGACGCGAUCCUUAGAAUACUUUUGUGGUACAGUUUUGGGGUCAAAAACUGGAAGUGCAGAAUCGACCACGUAUACUUAUAGAGAGAGAGAGAAAUAGACAUCCCCAUUUACACAACACUGACCCAUAACAAACGGUGGCUGUGGCUGUGGCUGCCACCCAAUUCCUGAUAUAAUAAACUCAACAAAACAAAACCAUCUGACCAAAAAAAAAAGGGUAAAGAAAGCAUUGGUAAAAUAAGAUUUCAUAUGUUCAUAAUAGCGCAAUUGGAAUGGCAAAAGCAAAACCCAGUUGGUAUAAGAGUGAUUUUGAGCCUUUUUUCUUGGAAAUUGCUUCUGGUUUUGGUUUCUCUGCUGAAGAUUCAUCUAUAAUCUUAAACCUGGAGGCACAGACCAAAUGGAACUUUGACCCCUUCUUCUCAGGGCCUCUCUACUGAUGAUGACAUCAGUUUUACUACGCAGAGAGUGAGAGAGAGAGCUUGGGAUGAGUGAGAAAAGUUACUGUUCAUUGUUCAAUGUGUUGUUUUUUUGAAGAUUCUCUGCACCUAUGCUUCCCCUAAUUUCUCACUACCUACUCUAUGAUUGCUGAUGUCUGGCCAAAAAGUCUCUCUCUCCCUCUCUCUCUAAAGUUUCUACAAGUAUGAUUAUUGAUGGGGUAUGAAGAUGACAAACAACAUGUCAUUUCAACCCCCAAAAAGUGGUCCUCUUUUAAUUGAUAGUUUCACCACUCACCUCCUUCCUUGCCCUACGCCACAUUCACUCUCCUCUUUCCUCUUAUCUUUUGGCCAAACGCCCAGGCUCUUCCCCAGAAAACUAAACAAUUCGGCAUGAUUUGAUCCAUAAACCAUCCCACCAUUUCUACUCCUAAUUUAUCUGAGUUUACUGACAUCACUGCACCAUGUCUACUGGAUCAGCUGCCUGGACCAAGGAAGAAGAUAAAGCAUUUGAAAACGCCAUAGCUAUGCAUUGGGCUGAAGAAUUGGAAGGGAAGGACUCGGAAGGGAUGUGGGAAAAGAUUGCUUCAAUGGUUCCAAGCAAAGACAUGGAAGCCUUAAAGCAGCACUUCCAAAUGCUGGUGGAAGACGUGGGUGCCAUUGAGGCAGGCCAAAUUCCUAUUCCCAACUAUGCUUCUGUCGGAGGAGCAACUAAUGGCUCAACCAAGGAAAAGGAACAUCUUCAUCCUCAUGGAGCUACUGGUACUGACAGUAAUAAUAAAAGACCCAAUUCUGGUUUUGGAAGUGGAUUUUCUGGUCUCUCCCACGACUCCAAGGGCGGAUCCAGGUCCGAGCAAGAAAGAAGAAAAGGGAUCCCAUGGACAGAGGAAGAACACAGGUUAUUUCUACUGGGCCUCGACAAGUUUGGGAAAGGGGAUUGGAGAAGCAUUUCAAGAAACUUCGUUAUAUCCAGGACACCGACACAAGUAGCCAGUCAUGCACAAAAGUAUUUCAUUCGAUUGAACUCAAUGAACAGAGAUAGAAGAAGGUCGAGUAUUCAUGAUAUCACCUCAGUCAACAAUGGCAGUGGCGACGUCAUGACCCAUCAAGCUCCAAUCACCGGCCACCAGACGAACGGCACAAACCAGGGCAAUCCGCCAGCUUUAGGGCCCCCGGGAAAGCACCGGCCUCAGCAGCAUCUGCCAGGAAUAGGAAUGUACGGGGCGCCAAUUGGGCAUCCAGUGGCGGCUCCUCCGGGGCACAUGGCGUCUGCAGUUGGCACUCCGGUGAUGCUUCCUCAUGGAAUGCAUCCCCAUCCUCCUUACGUUAUGCCAGUUGCUUAUCCAAUGGCGCCUCCACCAAUGCACCAAUGACAAUUCUUUCUUCAUUUUUCCCCCUUUCUGUAGUCAGAUUUUAGGAUUCAUGGGUCAAAAGUAAGAAAAUUCAGGCAUAACAAAGGAGAGCAAAGGGAAAGUUCACUUUUUAACUUUCCUAUUCAUUUAUGAUCCAUCCAAUCAUGUCGUGAAGAGAAUAUACCCAUAUAGAGAGAUCUGAUAAGUGGCAUUUUUUCAGCAUUUUAAGGACAAAUAUGAAUAUGGAACCCAUUUGCAUUUUCA